UGUGAAUGGCCGGUGGAGUAUAAAAGCUUCCUCUCUGGACCUAGCAACAAUACUCAAAACAAAAGUCCAGAGCUUACUGCACAGUCAUGCCUGCAGACUUCAAUGGAAGGUGGGAGAUGGAGUCAAACGAUAAUCUUGAAAAUUACCUUAAAGCACUGGAUGUUGAAUUUCCCAUCCGCAAAAUUGCUAUUCAUCUCAGGCCAGCAAAAAUCAUUAGCCAGGAUGGAGACAACUUUGUGAUAAAGACACAGAGCACCUUUAAAACCUUUGAGUUGACCUUUACUAUCGGAGUUGAAAAGGAAGAAUUUACUAAGGGAUUUGACAACCGGUCGAUAAAGACUGUGGUCAACUGGGAAGGGGACAAACUGGUGGCUACACAAAACGGUGAAAAGGCAAAUCGCGGAUGGAAACACUGGAUAGAAGGAGACAAACUUCACCUGGAGAUGACAUGUGAAGACGUGGUGUGCCAUCAAGUGUUUAAAAGAAAAGAGUAGCAGAUUUAAGUAAUCAUCAUUAUUGUAAUUUAGAUUUUGCUGUAUACUUGACAAGUGUGUCAGUCCAAGGCAAGAAAGAUAUGUACAGUAAUAGCUUCAGCAAGAUAUGAACUGACAGUGUGCAACUUUUAACCCUUCUGUGUAAUGUUUUCUCUUCUGUCUAAAUAAAGAUAUGACAAUAUA